CAGCCACUAGCCCCAUAGGAGUUUCAGGUUUCAUCAUCGCCAUUUUCUUGCCUCAGCUAGAUUAAGUGCUUCUGUGAGUCACAAAUUUUUCCUAGUUCUCUUGGUCAACACUAGGCUCAAAGCACCCAAGAGAGUUUAAUAUAUUGGUUAACCGUUACGUGUCGAGCAUCACCUGGUCCACUUGGUGGUCCCUCACUGCGGGUAUGGGAAACGAAACGUUGGCCGUUUCCUUAUAGGCACCUGCUCAAUCCCCACAGAAUGGAGAAGCCGGUGGCUUUUGUUUCGGUGCCUUUUGUGAAAGAGGAGAGAAAAGAGUUGAUUUUUGGUGGAGAAAGUGAGAAUUUGCAUUGAGGAAAGAAAGGGAAAUAGGAUUUUGGUAUGUGAAGGAAUAUACAUAGGAAAAAAAAAAAAAAAAGUUUUCUGGGUAUAUUCUUUUGCAGAAAGUGAGGAAAAGGAUUGAAGUAGAAAGAAAGCUCAACUUUUUCUCAUCUUGUUAUUGUUGUUGUUGAUGUAUGGUUUUCAAAAGACUUCGUUAGAAAGAAGAAAACCCAGAAAGGAAGUAUCCAACUUCAUUAGCCCCCUCUAUAGAAUUUGACAUACAGCAAACUAUAAGUUUGUUAUUUCCAGCUGAAUUUGAGAAAGGCAGAGGCCCUAGAAUUUUGAUCUGGGUUUGUGUUUGGUGCUUUUAUGAAAAAUAGGAAUUGGGUUUUGAUCAGAAGAGAAGGAGCUGGUGGAAUUGGUGUUGUUUGGUGAAUGGAAAAAUGGAUUUCUGGCCGGAAUUUCUUGCAAACAGUUGGGGCAAAGAAUUUGUGGCAGGAGGAUGUGGAGGCAUUGCUGGUAUAAUAUCUGGUUAUCCACUUGACACUCUUAGGAUUUUGCAACAGAAUUCAAAGAGUGGCUCUGCCUUUAACAUUCUUCGCAAUGUCAUCUCCAAAGAAGGCCCUACUGCCCUUUACAGGGGCAUGGCUGCUCCCUUGGCAUCCAUUACACUUCAGAAUGCUAUGGUUUUCCAGUCAUACGCCAUUCUCUCUCGGGCUCUCGAUCCAUCAGUGUCCACUAAAGAUCCUCCUUCUUACAAAGGUGUUGCUCUAGGAGGGUUCGGGGCAGGUGCUUUGCAGAGUCUAGUCCUCAGCCCAGUAGAACUCAUAAAAAUCCGGCUUCAGCUGCAAACCAAAACCCAAAAGGGCCCCAGAGAAGUUGCCAAAAGCAUUAUGAAAGCAGAGGGGCUAAGAGGAUUAUAUAGAGGCCUGGGCAUUACUAUUCUUAGGGAUGCACCAGCUCAUGGUUUGUACUUUUGGACUUAUGAGUAUAUGAGAGAGCAGCUUCAUCCCGACUGUAGAAAAACCGGUGAAGAGAGCGUACAAACAAUGUUGGUAGCUGGAGGGCUAGCAGGAGUAGCUAGCUGGAUUUGUUGUUAUCCCUUGGAUGUUGUAAAGACCAGAUUACAGGCUCAAUCUGCGUACCCUCCACCGAAAUAUACUGGCAUAGUUGAUUGCUUCAGAAAGAGUGUGAGAGAGGAUGGUCUUGCGGUCCUCUGGCGAGGACUAGGAACUGCUGUUUUGAGAGCAUUUCUGGUGAAUGGUGCUGUUUUUGCGGCUUAUGAGAUUGCUCUGAGAUGCCUUCUCAGCAAUGGAAGAAUUCCAAUAGAGAAUGCAAUGCCUGAACAGUGAAGGGUUCACUUGCAGCCAAUUAAAUUGCUGUAUAAAUAAUUUAGUUACAGAAGCCAAUCAAGCCAUUCAAAAGCAAGAAUUUUGUAUGAUAGAUCAUUAUUCUUGCUGCACAGCUUGAAUGCCAAGAAUAUAAAUGUUCAGUAAGAAAGGGUGGAUUCAAUUGUAUUCCAGUAAUUAGUAGUAACAAUUUUUAGCCCUACAGGAUAUUGAAAUGUUCAAAUUCCAUGAA